AGAAUAUACCACAUCAACUAAAUUAGUUUUGGUUCUAUUUUUUUUUGAAACUGUUAAUGCUAACUGCAAUUCUGCUAGUAACCCCUAUCAUUUCCCAACUGCUGCAGCAAAGCCUCUUUGAGGCAUUUCAUCGAACAGAUGGUCUGACACUGUUUAACCCACAUCUAUCUACUGGAUCUUGCGUUGAGAAGAAGCUUAGGCUUUUUGGGUUUGAGCUGAGCCCAAGCAAGAGUGAGGACAGCUCCAUCAAAGGCUCUGUAGAAGGAGAUGACAGUGUAAAUUCAUCGAACUCCGUUUUGUAUGGAAGGGAGGUUCAUAUGAAUAAACCUGCCAGCAAUAAGAAGAGCUCAACUAGUGAAGCAGAUGACAAGAAGUUUGAGUGCCAAUAUGGCUUCAAGGAAUUUGCAAACUCAAAGGCAUUGGGAGGUUGUCAGAAUGCGCACAAGAAGGAGAGGAUGAAGAAGAAGAGUUCAGACCACAAGUCUUAAGGGUUCAUAUCAAAAUCCCACAAGGGUUUGUUGUAUACCUCUGAGAGGAAUUGAACAAAGCACAGCCCACUGAAUUGGUCUCCAGUAUUCCUCUAAGAGCUUGCCCACAGGGUAAAGUAUAAAAAUUGUAAAGUUAAGGCCAGCAUAAGCCAUGGUUAUGUAGAGGGCUAAGCAUACCUGGGGAUCGCCGUAGAGGAAAAACAAUUCUAGAAAGAAAAAAAAAUCUCACGAGAAAAAUCUCAUGGGUUGGGGUGGGAUUUAAGAUAGGGUUUGGUAUUUAUACCUUUCACUAAAAAGUCCCACACAACCUUCGAAAUUAGAAAGUU